UUUUUUUUUUUGUGCACGGUUAGUUUUGAUGGUGUAGCGACUCGCUGUAAGAGGAAACAAUGGCGACUGCGGGAACUGCGGCGACUGCGGCGGGCGGCUCGGGCUCGGGAGGAUCAGCAGCCGGUCAGGCGGGACCCGGUGCUUUGGUGGGCAGAAAAAAGGACGGAGGACCGUCGGCUAAAUUUUGGGAGAGCGCUGAGACGGUUUCUCAACUCGAGACGGUUCGGCUGUGGAUCGGAAAACACUACAAAAAGUAUGUCCAGGCCGACUCUCCGUCCUGUAAAUCGUUAGCAGGACUGGUGGUUCAGCUUCUCCAGUUCCAGGAGGACGCGUUCGGACGCAGAGUGAGCAACCCGGCCCUCACCAAACUGCCCGCAAAAAGCUUCUUGGACUUCAAAGCUGGAGGAGCUCUGUGUCACAUCCUGGGAUCUGCUUACAAGUUUAAAAGUGAACAGGGAUGGCGACGGUUCGAUCUGCAGAAUCCAUCCCGGAUGGACAGAAACGUUGAGAUGUUCAUGAAUAUUGAGAAAACUCUCGCACAGAAUAACUGUCUGACUCGACCAAACGUGUACAUCGCAUCCGACGUGGACCAAAAACAGGCCGGGAAACUGAAAGACAUCAUCAAGAGACAUCAGGGCUCCAUCACUGACGACAAAUCCAAAGCCACACAUCACAUCUGUCCAUCUCCAGCUCAGACGGAGGAAGAGGAGUGGCUGCGUCCCGUCAUGCGCAAAGACAAACAGGUGCUGGUUCACUGGGGGAAUUAUCCCGACAGUUACGAUACCUGGGUUUCCACCAGCGACGUGGACGGUGAAGUCGAGGAUCCUCCGAGCUCAGAGAAACCCUGGAGGGUGCACGCCAAGUGGGUCCUGGAUACGGACGCGUUUAACGAGUGGAUGAACGAGGAAGAUUAUGAAGUAGAUGAGAACAGGAAGCCGGUGAACUUCCGCCAGCGCAUCUUCCCUAAAGAGGAGGAGUCUUCCCGUACACCUGAUCGUAAGGAGCGAAAGUCUCUGGCCGGAGGGAAGAAGAGGCGGCGCUCCCCGUCCCCCCCGAGCACCCCCGCGGAGUCCCGCAAGAAGGGCAGCAAGAAAGGGAACGCCGGGCCGCACUGGAAGCGCCGAGGUCAUCGUGAUGAUGAUGAGCAGGAUGAAGAUCUCACCAAGGACAUGGAGGAUCCGUCUCCUGUUCCGGGAAUGGAGGAGGUUUCUCUGCCCAAAAAUGUGAAUCAGAAGAAGGACAGCGAGAACGUGCCGGUUAAAGGAGGAACCAUGGCUGAUCUGGAUGAACAGGAAGACGGCUCUGUGGGCUCUGGGGGGAAGGACGAUGAUGAACAGGGCAAAAUGGAGGUAAACCGUCUCAUGGACUCCAGCGAGGAUAACGUGACCGAGCAAACACAUCACAUCAUCAUUCCCAGCUACUCCGCCUGGUUCGACUACAACUCGAUUCAUGAAAUAGAGAGACGAGCCUUACCCGAGUUCUUCAAUGGAAAAAACAAAUCUAAAUCCCCGGAGAUAUAUCUAGCGUAUCGUAACUUCAUGAUCGAUACGUAUCGGCUGAACCCUCAGGAAUACCUCACCUCCACUUCCUGCAGACGCAACCUCACUGGAGACGUGUGUGCUGUCAUGAGGGUGCACGCGUUUCUGGAGCAGUGGGGUCUCAUUAACUAUCAGGUGGAUGCAGAGAGCAGGCCGAUGCCGAUGGGUCCUCCACCCACACCACACUUUAACGUCCUGGCUGAUACGCCAUCAGGCCUCGUCCCGCUGCACCAUCGCCCCCCGCAGGUUCCCUCAGCUCAGCAGAUGCUCAGCUUCCCGGAGAAAAGCAAAGAAAAACCCACAGACCUGCAGAACUUUGGCCUCAGGACAGAUAUGUACUCCAAGAAGAACCCUAAGAGUAAAGGAGGUAGCGGAACACGAGAAUGGACCGAGCAGGAAACUCUGCUGCUAUUAGAGGCUCUGGAGAUGUACAAGGAUGACUGGAACAAGGUUUCGGAGCAUGUUGGCAGCCGGACGCAGGACGAGUGUAUCCUUCACUUCCUGCGGCUGCCCAUCGAGGACCCGUACCUGGAGAGUUCGGAGGCGUCUCUCGGACCCCUCGCCUAUCAGCCCGUCCCCUUCAGCCAAUCGGGAAACCCCGUCAUGAGCACCGUGGCCUUCCUCGCAUCCGUGGUGGAUCCCAGAGUGGCUGCAGCUGCCGCUAAGGCUGCUCUCGAGGAGUUCUCUCGUGUGAGGGAGGAGGUUCCAGCCGAGCUGGUUGAGGCUCAUGUGAAGAAAGUUCAGGAGGCAGCGAGGAGCACGGGGAAAGUCGACCCGUCCUACGGCCUGGAGAGCAGCGGCAUCGCGGGAACGGCGCCGGACGAGCCGGAGAAAACCGAAACCACAGAAUCAGAGAAGAUGGAAACAGAUUCCGAGUCUCAGCAGGGAGAGAAGACGGAGUCUAAGGAUGAGACGGAGAAAGCGAGUGAGGCAGCAGAGAAACCAGCGGAGGGAGAGAAAGUGAAAAGUGAAGCGGCGGAGAAACCCGAGGGUGAGGAAGAGGAGGGUGACGGAGGAGAGACGAAUGAAGCGAGUGCUGCUGAUGAGAAAGAGAAGGAGGAGGCGAUGGAGGUGACGGAGGGAGGAAAGGAGGGAGAAGAGACGACGACGGAGGAGGGCAAGAAGAAGCUGGAGCUCGAUAUCGGAGAGGGAAACAUCGCCACCGCUGCGGCUGCCGCACUCGCCUCCGCUGCCACCAAGGCUAAGCACUUGGCAGCGGUGGAGGAGAGGAAGAUCAAGUCUCUGGUGGCGCUGCUGGUGGAGACGCAGAUGAAGAAGUUGGAGAUUAAACUACGUCACUUCGAGGAGCUGGAGACCAUCAUGGACCGAGAGAAAGAGGCUCUGGAGUUGCAGAGGGCAGCAGUUGCUGACGGAGAGGCAGGCGUUCCACAUGGAGCAGCUGAAGUACGCGGAGAUGAAAGCACGUCAGCAGAUGGAGCAACAGGCAGCAGCGGCGGGCCGCGGGCUCAGCACGGACAGCUAGCUCCGCCCUCUCAACACGGGGGCCCCACCCCCAGGACAUGGAGCUCCGCCUCCUCCUCACGGUGCUCCGCCCCCAUCUCAUAUCCCCCCUCCAGGUAUGCACCCUGGGGCUGGAGUAUCCCACAAUGCACCACCCAAUGGGACCCCACCAUCCUCCACAGACAGGGCCGAUGGUUGGACCGGGGCAGCCCAUGCCAGGCCGUAUGAUGCCCGGUGCCCCCCCUGGUGCGAUGCCCGGAGCUCCGCCAGGCGCGAUGCCCCCUCUGAUGGGCCCCAGACACCCCGGAGCCCGAACGGCAUGUACCCUGGCCCCCCUCCUCCUCCUCCUUCUUCUUCUUCUGCACAGCCUGAUGGGAUACCGCCGGCUCCAGCGACCUCACUUCCUGUCCGCCCCCCUGAAAACUAACACACACACAGAAACCCACACAGACACACACUCGUAUG